GAAAAUGUUCAUGUUUACUUCAACAAGCGACUUCUGCAUUCCUACCUUCGAGGAAAAGCAACAUGACCCCCUCGGGUACCGUCACGGGUGGAAGCAGUUCACCUGAUUCCGCAGAAUUCGGCCGCGCGGGUACACCUGAGCUAGGCGACGAAUUGAGUGAACUAGCCCCUAUAUUGGACUCAGUGCACAUGGCUCCGCAUAAGAAAAGUUCUCUUGUCGGUUCGUCCUCGCCCCUUGAUGUGAAAAAGGGAAAAGUCACAGUUCAGCGCCCUGGGGACCAGAAGGCAUAUCAAUGUGGCCCGAAUCCACGAAAGAGCAAAAAGACAGAUUCGGAUGCCCUGAAGGAAAUCCAUCGGUGCCGCGAAGAGAAUACAACCCGUCUUGAUCUGUCCAAAGGCCAGUUGCAUUCGUUGCCGCCUUCUAUCCGAGAUCUGGCCGGACACUUGCGGGAACUUUAUCUCUACUGCAACAAGCUUGUCAGUUUACCACCCGAAAUUGGUCUGCUUCCCCACUUGGAAAUUCUCAUGCUCCAAGAAAAUUCACUCAGUCGUCUGCCAGAUAGUUUGGCUGGCUGCACUAAUCUGCGCAUGCUUGAUAUUCGUCACAACAAACUGUGCGAAAUUCCUCCAGUUAUCUACAGUCUUGUGAAUCUAACUCAUCUUCUAAUGCGAUUCAAUCGAAUCCGUGUGGUUGACGAUGAUAUCAGCAAGCUCACAAAACUGCAAGUGCUUAGCGUGCGUGAGAACAAAAUCCGCAGUCUUCCCUCAAACCCCGGUAUUGAAAAACUCACGCAACUGAUGACAUUGGAUGUAUCCCACAAUCAUUUGGAACAACUACCUGAGGAAAUCCAACACUGUCAGAAAUUAACUACACUAAAUCUGCAACAUAAUGAGCUCCGGUCGCUGCCAGAAAGUAUUGGUGAGCUUCGUUUGCUUGAACGGGUGGGAUUAAGAUACAAUCACCUCGAAUGCCUUCCCGCUUCAAUGGCUCAGUGUGAUAACCUUUUGGAACUGAAUAUUGAAGGCAACAACAUUGUCCAGUUACCGGAAGGUCUCUUAGCCCACUUACGCAAACUGUCCAGCUUGGUCGUAUCGAGAAAUUACUUUAGAGCUUUCCCCCCUGGCGGUCCACAACAGUUCACCUCUAUUCAGUCUCUCAAUAUGGAUCAUAAUCAAAUAUCGAAAAUCCCAUUUGGAAUAUUUUCAAGAGCAUCCCAUUUGGCUAAACUGAACAUGAAGGAUAACCAGUUGGCCUCGCUUCCGCCCGACUUUGCCAGACGAACCACACACAGGCGACUAUCAACGGAUAUCCAUUCUCUUCGCCUGGUGACGACACUAACCCCUGAAAAUCCUGCCGCUGUCGGAAACAUUAAGAGUUGGGAGGUAUUGGUUGAAUUGAAUCUAGGCACCAAUCAGCUAACCAAACUGCCUGAUGAUGUCGAACACCUGGUCAAUCUGGAAGUAUUGAUUCUCAGCAACAACCAACUAAAGAGGAUACCUCCCACCAUCCAAGAAUUGAAGAAACUUCAGUUGCUAGAUCUGGAGGAAAAUCACUUGGAGUGUCUGCCACUGGAGAUAGGCCAGUUGUGUGAGCUUCAGCGCCUUAUUGUACAAUCUAAUCGGUUGACUGAAUUACCUCGCACCAUAGGCAUGCUUCAAAGUUUGAUCCACCUCGCUGUUGGUGAGAACGAUCUGCAGCGUUUGCCUCCGGAGAUUGGAGACCUUCAUAAGCUAGAAACAUUGUAUCUGAACGACAAUCCCAACUUGAACGAUUUGCCGACCGAACUGGGCAUGUGCUUCAGUCUACAAAUUAUGUCCAUCGAGAACUGCCCUUUAUCCCAAAUCCCUGUAGAAGUUACGGCCGGCGGACCAUCACUUGUGAUUCAGUAUCUCCGACUUCAGGGUUCGUUUAGUCAGAUCUAACCACCCGACAGCGGCUACCGUCGCACAUUCACUCAGAUCUUUUGGAGCUGUCGUCAGUCCAACACGACAGCCCAAGGGCUUUCAACUCCCUAUCGCCUGUCUGCCAACCUACUGCUUCCUUGUGUCGGUUUCCGUCUGCCAAUCCCAUUCAGUUCAUCUGUUCUCCUGGCUUCGCCUCAUCUCAACACAUCCUCCGAACCCCAUAAAUGUUCUCGGAUGAGGAUUCGAAAGCGCCUUUUGUUUUCUCACUUGUUCAGCCGCGCCAAUCUUCCUAGUCGUCAGUGAAAGAGAACGUUGCAUUUACAAUAUAACCACUCUUCUGUUACAUGCCCGAUUAACCUGCCGCCUCUACUCAUGUGUAUAACCUCCGAUUCACCAUUCACUUCUAAAUCUUGACCGUGGAGGAAGAUUGACGGGUGAUGCGUUUUUCCCACUUCUGUGCGGCUUUCUUUCAAAGUUUACUAACCUCACUACAAACCUACAUGGUAACUUUCAACCACUCUUCCGCAUGCGUACGCAUGCGUCUGAACACGCACGCACAGACACAUUCACACACGGUUUCUUUUUGUCUUACAGCCUGAUUUUUUGUAAUUCGUCCCAAUCGGUUGUUCACGCUAGAUCGAUCAACUGAAGCCCUUUUCCGGUGACUCACCCACUUCUCCAUCACACUAACUUCUCUGGGCUGAGAAUAUCACAAUUUCCACGUGCUUUUCAUCAUGGGCGUUUUUUUUAUUUUGCAUUCUUUUCUGAUUAUGUAGUAUCUGCAGCUAUUUGUGCGUGUACUUAUGACUGCAUAUUCAACGAAUCCAUCCUCCG